GUUAAACGUCACAGUAGUUUAACUAGAAACUUCGUCGCUACAUGAAGAUGGCUGGACGCUAAGGUUUGUCAACAGUUGCCAUCCACCAUUUUGAUAAACACCUGUCAGGUGCGCUUAACGACGUUUGAUUGAGGAGGAAUACAACUGUGAGGAAGAGAGUCAUACGAGUGCAAUUCACCAGAAAAAAGUUAUAAAAAUGACGUCAAAAUGUAACGAAUGCAUAUGUGGGAAGCAUACCAGGCCCCAUGUACACACAGAUGUUAUUGGUCGAGGAGACCCCUCCCAGAAAUCAACAGAAUACAAUCAGACAUACAAACAGCACCCCCUUACAAUGAGAGAAAGCUUCAAACCAAAUGCAGAGGCUAUGCAAGGUGGAAGUUUUGAGGAUAGAACCACAAAUAGACAAGAUUACAUCAAGCAUCCGAUGGAGAAACCAUUCGUUAGAGUACCAGAUCAGUACCAAAGACCUGAUGGUGCAAUGGAUGGAAUGACGUCUUAUAAUAAAGAUUUCACAAAGAAGAUGGCACCACCUGCACAACAGAUUCGACAUGAUGGUCAGAAGAUGCAAGGUGGAAAAUUUGAAGGAGAACCUACUUAUAAAUCGGAUUAUAAGAAAUGGGAUAUGUCUGGUCGUCCAGGACCUUACGUUAGUAAAGAUGCAUGGGUACAACCAACUGCCAGAUUUGAAGGACAGACAACUAUGAAUCAUGAUUAUCGUAAAUAUGCUCAGCAGCCUCGCCAAUCAAUGAAACCACAAGAGGCAUCAAAAUUAUCUGAUGCACCAUUUGCUGACAAUACUGAUUACAGGCAAUCCUAUCAACCACAUGCUUUAGGGCCAAAGUUUGUACGGGAAAGAGAGCAGUACAAAGCACCAGGCGUACCCUUUGAUGGUGUCACAACAUUUAAAAGAGACUACAGGGGACCAGUUGGUGAACUUACAAAAAGUUUCAAGCCAGAUAAUCAAGCAUUCUCGUCAGGUCAGCCAUUAGAAGAUUUAACAACUAACCGUAAAGAUUAUAUCAAAUACCCAACAUCCAAGCCAUAUGUUCACGUUCAAGAUGGUUACAAGAAACCAGAAGGUGAUAUGUUCAUGCAAACUACCCAUAAUUCAACAUAUAGAGAAUUGCCAUUGGCUAGAAAUGCCCUAAUGAGACCAACAGAUGCUGGAAAAGUCUCCAACGCACCUUUUGAUGGUACAACAAAUUAUGCACAGAACUACAAACAGUGGCAGGUGAGGAGAGUGGAACAGCCUGCUAGAGAAGGAUACCAUCCCAACAAUGCCCCAUUUGAAGGCAUGUCAACACAGAAAGCCCAUUACAUUCCACAUGGCAUGGUACCAAAUCGAUCCUUCAAACCAGAUAACACAGCCCUCCAAAGUGAUGCUCCAUUUGAAGAUAGUACCAUGUACCGUCAAGAUUAUGUUCCCAAACCACGUCCAUUAUGCCCAUGUUACGACUCCAGUGCUCCUAAUGUAACAUGCGCCAGACAUAAUGUAAUUCAAACAGUUACUAAAUUACCUCAAGGAAUGGCUGUCAGAGUAGCAUAGACUAACUUUAUUGUACAAUGUCUUCAUGUUAAAAAUUAAUAGUAGGUUCAGUUCAAGUAAAAGAUGCUUUCUGCUUAUAUUUGAGAUGUUUUUGGGGUACAAGUUGGGUACAAGAAUGAGUAAUAUAUAUAUGAUAUGUGAACCUAACUCAUAUUUCAUAGAUUUGUAUUUUCACUAGUAAAAAGAAGAAUAAAUAUUUUGUAGAUGAAAAAGGUUUUUUUUGGGAAAAAAGGGAUAAUUUUUUGAUAAUUACUAACAUUAAAAACUUACGCAUAUCUUGGGAUUGUACUUCAGUCACAAUACUCUUCCUCAAAAUGACUGUGUUUUACUCUUAAAAUUACGUUAUCACCAGAUUGCAAUAAAUAGUGCUGCAGUGUAUAUUAAUUGUCAUACACCCAAAUCAUAUAUUCACUGUCCAAUCACAGAUCAUAACCUUUUUUUAUCUCAUUAAUUAAAAUAAUGUUAUGAUUUGAAGUACACCCAUUAUGUUUUUUACGGGAAAAAAAGAAUCAUGGGAAAAUUGUUUGUGUUGAAAUCCUUUAGAGUAAGUGUUGUAUAUAUAGAGUAGGUAAAAUGAAGCUCUACAAUGCUGAGUCUGUGAUAUAAAUCUGAUGACACAUUUUGUAUUAAGUUAAUACAAGUACAAAUGAGACAUCGAUUUUUGACUUUUUUUGUAAAUAAUAUUAAUGAUUCAUAUUAAGAAUUUUGUUGUACUUUGCAAUUGUUUGUUAUACACAUGAGAUCUAUUUUUAUUCUUUUAAAUCAGAAUUCCUGCCAACAUUUCAGAUUUUCAUUAUACAUGUAAAUCCAAUUUGUUACAGAGAGCUUUAAGUGUUUUGUAUUUGUUUUGUUUUGUUUUUGUUGAAGCAUUAUAAACAGAUAUAGUUUAGUACACACAUAAUGUGCCAAACUUGUUGUUGUGUUUGUAGAUACUGGAUAUAUACUGGAUAUAUGAAACUCUGUUGUGAUUUCUUUUAAAAUCAGGAAAUUUCAACCAUUACAACAUUGGCAAUAGUCUCCUCCUCAUUUCAUAUACAUACAUGUAUAAAGAGAAUGUAUAGAAACAAAUUAUUUAAAAUUUAUUCAAAAUAAAAUUUCAAAUUAUCUCCCUUAAAUAUUUUUUCUUUCUUUUUUUUUUUGUCAAACUCUUGAGUUACCAGACUAAUUGUGUGAAUUUAUGGAUAUACAAGUAUUCUGUAACUAUUUAUGUGCUUAUUUUAUUCAAAGGAUUUAGUAGUUGUGAUAUAAUACAACAAGAAACAAUCUUCUGCCAUAUUUUCUUACUUGUGUUUCUCUUCUUAUGAAGCGAAAAUGUAAUGUCUUAGUUUUAAAUGUAUAAGUUAUUUGGCCUUUUUGUAGAUAUAAUGAUUAAUAAUAUAUAUUCAGGUAGUAUAAUUCAUGUUGAUUUAUUUUGUUAUUUAUUUUCAUAUUCCAUGUGUCUUAUUUUUUUUCAUUAAAUCCUUACAGUUCAGUUAUGAACAGUAUUAUAUUUUUUUGGUACACAUUUUUUUUUAUUUCUACAAAUUAGUACAAUCACAGUUCAGAUCUGCUGACCAUGCUGAACAGUAUUCAAUGUACAAUGACAAUAUUGAUAGAAUGUGAAGAUAAGCUAAUCAUGAGAAAAACAAUGGCAUUUUUUCAGAAAUUUUGAACUGGGGUAAUUAUUGAAACAUUCUUUUUUUUUUUUUACAAAUAAUUGAUGAUGAUAACUUGAAAUGAAAAUUAAAGAUUAUGAAAUUUUCUAUGAGUAUAAAAUGCCAGAAUUUUAAAGUAUCACCAAUUUCAUUUAACAGAUUGUAAUUGAAAUUCAUAUUAAGUAUUUAAGUGCUACAAUAUCUUUUCAUUAUAACUUUUUUUUUUAAGAAACAAAACGAGUUUUAUCAGUCAUUUAACACGAUGCAUUUAAUACCACAUCUUCAACCUGCUCAGUUCUGCUGUGAGAUUUUUGUGGUUUGUUGAUCUUAUAAACAUUCCUCAUGUUCAAGUUGUUGCAUUUAGCAAAAAAGAUGACAUCAAUUCGAGAUAGUGAUAUAUUUUAAGAUUAUUACAAAAACAUUCCUGAAUUUUAAAAUGAUUAUUGCUGCAUUUUUUACAUACAAGCUGCUUUUUCUAAGUCAUUCACUAUAUUUUAUUAGAUAAUAUUUAUAUAUUAUUUUUGUGAUAAUUUUACAAGAUAAAGCAUUUGUAUAUUUUUUUUUAUUAACAAUCUGUCUAGAUUAAUUUUAAUUAAUACCUAUGUAUUUUUACAACCUAUUGAUUUUAUGAUCCUUUACAAAUAAAAUGUCAGUAUAUAUAUCAUAUGUAGAUAUUAAACUCUUAUAAAAAUGCA